UCGAAGUUACAGCCCGCAGAAAAACGAACUCGGGGCUGGGCAACUACAGAAGAAAAGAGCGGCUUCGACUAUGCUAGCGGUUGUUCAAUUGUUAUUUUGACCCUUCUUUUCAAAAUUUUCCUAGGUUUUUUCCUAUUCGGUUUCAAUUUGGGUUUUUUUCCCUAAUUUUUUCCUUUAAAGUAUUUAGUCAUACAGUGUUUAGUGUUUACUGCUAGGAAUUUUAACAUGACACAAGGCGAGGGAGAAGCAUUAUGCACUGUUGAACAGGCAAUUGACUUGAUUUCAGUGGUUAAGGAGAUUCAUGGGCUUAACUCACAGGAGCUUAAUAAGUUGCUGAGAGACUCUGAAAAUUUCACCAUUCUUGUUACUGAAAAGGGAUUAGAAGUAAAGAUUGAUGUGGAAAAACUUGCAGGAUUUCUUCCUUUGCAUCUUAUUGCAGUGCUUGUGUCAUCUGAUAGAGAUGAAGCUCUUCUCAGAUAUUUAUUAUGUGGCAUCCGGCUCUUGCAUUCCUUGUGUGAAUUGGCCCCUCGCCAUACUAAACUUGAGCAGGUUCUGCUUGAUGAUGUAAAAAUAUCAGAGCAGCUGAUUGAUCUGGUCUUUUAUGUGCUGAUUGUUCUCAAUGAUUAUAGACAGGACAUCCAUGAUUCAGGUCCUGUGCCAGUUUUGCAUUCAGCACUUGUGGCAUGCAGCCUGUAUCUGUUGACUGGAUGUAUAUCUUCACAGUGGCAAGAUCUGGCUCUUGUGAUGGUAGCACAUCCUAAGGUUGACAUGUUUAUGGAUGUAGCUUGCAGAGCAAUUCAUCUUGUUGUCAGGUUUCUCCAAAACAAGCUGCUUGCUCAGCAUACUGAUAUUUGUGCCAAGUCUAGUCCCACUUCUGAAUCAAUGGUUAACUAUCUUUGCCAACAAUGUGAGGCUUCUUUACAGUUCCUUCAAUUAUUGUGCCAGCAAAAACCGUUUCGGGAACGCUUGCUGAUGAAUAAGGAACUAUGUGGAAAAGGUGGUAUUCUUUUUCUGGCUCAAUCCAUCUUGAAGUUACAUGCACCAAAUUUUGUAGAAUCCUCCUCAAUCAUGGCUGCAUUAUCUAGGCUGAAAGCUAAAGUCCUUUCAAUCUUAUUGCAUUUGUGUGAAGCAGAAAGCAUUUCUUACCUUGAUGAGGUUGCCAGCUCUCCUGGAAGCCUGGAUUUGGCAAAAUCUGUUGCACUCGAGGUCCUUGAGUUGUUGAAGAGUGGGCUUGGUAAAAAUCCCAAACAUCUCACUGCUAGUUCUGAUAGAACCCAUCCUUUGGGGCUUCUUCAACUUAAUGCAAUGCGUCUAGCUGAUAUCUUCUCUGACGAUUCAAACUUUCGAUCGUACAUCAAUGUGAACUUUACUGAAUUUUUGAGUGCAAUAUUUUCACUCUCUCACGGAGAUUUUCUAUCCAUGUGGUGUUCUGCUGAUCUCCCUGUAAGAGAAGAAGAUGGUACCUUGUAUUUUGAAGUAUUUGCUGCUGCUGGAUGGGCUUUAGAUUCAGUUUCAUCGCCUGAUAUAUCAAACACAACAAAUCUGGAAUUCACUUUUAUCCCCAACAACAUGUCUCAGGCUUCCGAUGUACAUCAAAGAACAUCUUUAUUUGUCAAAAUAAUUGCAAAUCUUCAUUGUUUCGUUCCCAACAUCUGCGAAGAGCAGGAGAGGAAUCUCUUCCUUCAUAAAUUUCUUGGGUGCUUGCAAAUGGAUCCAUCUAAGCUAUUGCCGAGUUAUGUCUUCAUCUCUGGUCCACAAAAAGCUGCUGCUGUUUGUAGGAACCUGCGUUCCCUGUUAAGUCACGCUGAAUCUUUGAUUCCAACUUUACUGAAUGAGGAUGAUCUGCAGCUCUUGAGGGUAUUCUUUGAUCAAUUACAGUCACUGAUAACUCAUUCUGAAUUUGAAGAAAACAGAGUAAAGGAGGAUCGAAGUGUAGGGGGUUGCUUGUCUCCUUUACAAAGAAUAGAGCCUCCAAAUCUUAAUAAUCGAAAUGGUAACCUGAAGGAAGAAAUGUCUGAGAAUUCUACUUUCCAAGAAGAUCAGUUUUAUGUCAGAAACAAUCAUAUGGAUCAAACUGAUGGUUUAACAAGGGAAUACAUGAUGGAUGAUAAGUAUAAAUCUGUUACGCCCAGUGUCUUGAGAGAGACUGACAGAGACAUGCCAAACGCUGAAACAAGUGGGUCAGAUACAAGUUCCACAAAGGGAAAAAAUGCUGUUGAUAAAUUAGUAGAGCGCCACAGAGAAAGUACAAAUGCAGAUGUUCAAGAAUAUGAAAAAGUUGAAACUAUUCAAACUGAAGAAAAGCAUCGAAGGAAAAGAAAGCGAACUAUAAUGAAUGACGAACAGGUGGCAAUAAUAGAAAGGGUCCUUCUGGAUGAACCUGAAAUGCAAAGAAAUACUGCUUUGAUACAAUCUUGGGCUGAUAAAUUAAGUCAUCAUGGCUCAGAGGUUACAUGUUCACAGCUAAGGAACUGGCUCAACAAUCGGAAGGCCAGGCUUGCACGCCUAAGUAAGGAUGCUCGUCCUCCUCCAGAGCCUGACAAUGCUUUUGCAGGAAAGCAAGGUGGGCCACAACAAGGUCAUUCACUAAACGCUCCUGAUAGUCCUGGUCAAGAGACUGCUCCCUCAAAUACCAGAGGCACUCGAAGCAUGUCAAGAUUGAGCAGCAGCGAAAACCCAGCAACUACAGAAUUUGUUGAUUAUGGUACGGCAGAAUUUGUUCAGUGUAAGCCUGGUCAGUUUGUAGUGCUUGUAGAUGAAAGAGGUCAGGAGAUUGGUAAGGGAAAAGUACAUCAGGUGCAAGGUAAAUGGUACGAAAAGAGCUUGGAGGAAUUGGGAACAUGUGUUGUCGAUGUGGUUGACCUAAAGGCUGAUAGGUGUGUGAAGCUACCCUAUCCAUCUGAACCCACAGGUACCUCAUUUGAAGAUGCUGAAAAAAAGCUUGGGGUAAUGAGAGUUAUGUGGGAUUCAAACAAAAUAUUCAUGUUACGACCUCAAUAAAUUAGUCUGUUGAUUUUUUUUUGUUCUCUUGCCACCGGCAAUUAACUAUAACUUAUAAGCUGGUUUAGCUUUGAUCUAUCAAGCUCGUAAGGUAACACAUUUCAUGUUUUAGGAAACAUACCCUACAACCUUAAGUCGGCUAGGCAGGAAAUUAGGAACUUGGAAGGUGGACUUAUCUUUUGAUAUGCUAACCUAUGUUAUUGGAUUGGGGUGUGACUGUCAGAUAUGAAUGUUUUGACAUGGCCAGGUUAAAUUUGUUGAAUAUAGUUGGAAUCAGAUAUGGAGUUUUAGCAAUGCAGAUAGAUGCCAGCUAGUUAUGAAACCAAAUUUGAU